GAAUUUCCUCUGAAAUGGAAUUGAGAUGCCGUCCCGCGGUGAUGUAUUGUUUUCUCGCCGUCCUCUCCUGCGUGAUUCCGCGCUCCGUGGGCUCGCCUUACGUGGACAGACAGUAUCUGAACGAGUGGGCCGUCGAGAUCCCGGGUGGACUGGAUGCCGCGGCGGAGAUCGCCCGAGAGCUGGACUACCAAUUGGUCCGACAGAUUGGGGCCUUGAAGGACCAUUUCUUGUUCAGACAUCGCAAACAUCCCCGUAGGAUGAAGCGAAGCGCCACGCACGUCACCAGGCAGCUGUCGGAGGAUGAUCGGGUGUUGUGGGCAGAGCAGCAGUAUGAGAAACGGCGCAGCAAGCGAGCUUCCAUUGGGCAGUGCCGGGACUGCCCGGCGGACAAGCUGUUUGAUGAUCCCAUGUGGAACCAGCAGUGGUACCUGCAAGACACACGCACGUCGUCUGCCCUGCCGAAACUGGACCUGCACGUCAUCCCGGUGUGGCAGAAAGGCAUCACGGGCAGAGGCGUGGUCAUCACUGUUCUGGAUGACGGACUGGAAUGGAAUCACACAGACAUCUACUCCAACUACGAUGCAGCAGCCAGCUAUGACUUCAACGACAACGACGCCGACCCCUUCCCCAGAUACGACGCCACCAAUGAAAACAAGCAUGGGACCAGAUGUGCUGGUGAGAUCGCCAUGCAAGCAGACAACAAUAAAUGCGGCGUUGGCGUGGCCUUCAAUUCCAAAGUUGGAGGCAUUCGUAUGCUGGAUGGGAUUGUGACGGACGCCAUCGAGGCCAGCUCGAUUGGCUUCAAUCCAGAGCACGUGGACAUCUACAGUGCUAGUUGGGGACCCAAUGACGAUGGCAAAACCGUCGAGGGUCCAGGUCGCCUGGCUCAAAAAGCCUUCGAGUACGGCAUCCAGAAGGGCCGAGGUGGGAAGGGCUCAAUCUUUGUUUGGGCAUCAGGUAACGGUGGCCGCCAGGGGGAUAACUGUGACUGUGAUGGCUACACAGACAGCAUCUACACUAUCUCAAUCAGCAGCGCCUCCCAGCAGGGCUUGUCUCCGUGGUACGCUGAAAAGUGCUCCUCCACACUGGCUACAGCGUACAGCAGUGGAGACUACACAGACCAGAGGAUUACCAGCGCUGAUUUACACAAUGAGUGCACUCAAACUCACACCGGAACGUCUGCGUCCGCACCGCUAGCUGCGGGAAUCUUUGCCUUGGCACUGGAGCAAAAUCCAGAUCUGACCUGGAGAGACCUGCAGCACAUUGUGGUCUGGACGUCAGAGUUUGAUCCCUUGGCCAAUAAUCCAGGUUGGAAGAGGAAUGGAGCGGGACUGAUGGUCAACAGCCGCUUUGGUUUUGGACUUCUCAAUGCCAAAGCCUUGGUUGACCUUGCUGACCCUGCAACGUGGAAGCAUGUGCCAGAAAAAAAGCAAUGCAUUGUGCGGGAUGACUCUUUCCAGCCCAGGAAUUUGAAAGCAGCAGGGGAGACCACCAUAGAGAUUCCAACUAAAGCCUGUGCGGGGCAGGAGAACUCCAUUGGCUCACUGGAGCAUGUGCAGGUGGAGGCUAGCAUUGAAUACACCAGGAGAGGCGAUCUCCAUAUCACACUUACCUCGCCAGCUGGCACCAGCACAGUGCUGCUAGCUGAGCGCGAGCGUGACACGUCCUCCAACGGUUUUAGAAACUGGGAUUUCAUGUCUGUCCACACAUGGGGUGAAGACCCUUCUGGUACUUGGACCAUCAAGAUAACUGACACCUCGGGCCGUAUGGCGAAUGAGGGUCGGAUCUUGAGCUGGAAGCUGAUUCUCCACGGAACAUCCGAAAAGCCGGAGCACAUGAAGAAGCCUCGAGUGUAUAUUCCCUACAAUGCUGUGCAGAAUGACCGGCGUGGUGUGGAACAUAUGGAUGACAUGAUGGUGGAACCCACUCGGGCCCCUCCACCUAUGAAGACUAAAACACAAGCCGUAGCUGCUUCCGACGCACUCAAGAAAGCCCAAAAGCCACCAACCCCUCCGUACUCCCCCACACAGGCCUUGCUACGUCUCCUGCAGACAGCCUUCAACAGGCAAAGCCCCGCCAUCCAGGAGCCCCCAACAGCCGGGGGGAGGCAGCAUCCCGGAAGGGGGUCCUCCCUCCUGGCAACGCGAAUCCCCCCACAGAAGCUGUAUCAAGCUCUGGACAUGAUCGACAAGUACGCUGGCCCGGGGCACAGAGUCUACAGUGACUAUAGUGAUGGCUUCUACAGCGCCAAGCCAUACAGGCAUAGAGAUGACCGCCUGCUGCAGGCCCUGUUUCAGAUGAUAGAUGAUGACCAGAAAUGAGAGAGAUGGCAAGUGAGAGCGAGAGAGGAUACAACGGUGUGCUUGUGUAUUGGUUGGGAAGUAGAGGGAUGUGGCAAAAAAAAAAUGAAAGGAGAAUAAAAUUGGGAAAAUAAGAGAAAAAAGGACCUCAAAGGUCUUGUAUUGGGUUCUGCAGGUUGCCCCCCAAAUCCUCCAUAUUUACUAUCUAAGUCACACACACACACAUAUAUAUUACACUGUAUAUCUCUAUAUAUAGAUAUACAGAUAUAUACAGAUACUGUAUAUAAAUAUAGAUAUAUUGCUAACCGGUGACUUAUUCUCAGGAUAUCCACAAACCUUUCUCAAAGCCUAUGUUGACAACAAAACAUACAUUCUACUAUAUGGUGAAAUAACAGAGAGAGAGCAACUGUUGUGUCUGACUAUUUAAAGCUCUGGCCUCCCUUCUGGAAAAAAACAAAACAAAACAAUUAAGAGUAGCUACAUGUUUAAAGGAAAUGAAAAAAAAAUCGUACAAAAACAACAUAA